CAACGCGUACGGUGGCACGUGCUUGAAAGUUACUCACUUCGUGUUCACUCAGCAGCUUAACGAUCAAUGCCCGCGAUUCUUUGAAACCUCGCAUCAUUAUCGAGAUCGUGCUCGAGCCACGGACCGUUCUUAACCUACAAUCGCGCUCAAUUAACACGCCGACGAGUGUUGAAAAGUCAUACGUGCGAAAUGUAACGUAGCGUCGGGGAAUUUACACGAGAUUAGUGUAUGGCAGCUGUAACGAUACUCUUUUUUCCCUUAUACUCUUAUGCCUAGUUUCUUCGGUAAUAUCAACGAACGAAUGGCUGUUCAAACGGAUUGCAACGAGAACGUGUCAGUAACGACGCGACCUGCGUUCGUAAAUGUAAACAUUAUUGUGUGUUGCGUGUUAUCCUGCGGCAAGUGUGUAUUAGAACCGGUACUUUUGUGGUCGCUAGUCGAACAUCGGUAAUUUUUUCUUCUUGAUGAAACUUUCAUCGAUAACAAUUAUUUCGUUCGCUACGCAAACUGGCUUAAUGGUGCUUCCAAUCAGUGCUUUAAGGAAUUUCCAUGUAUAUCCGAGAAGCGUUCGAAUCGUUGAUUUUCCAUGAAAUGACAGCCUUUAAUUUACAUUGAAUCAAACUUCUUGGGCAAGUGAUUGUGAUGAUUUUCCUUACGUAGAAAGGAUUCUGCUUCUACUUACACGUAAACGGUGCCCGUGUUUUUAAAGUGAUAAGAACCAUCAAGCAUUGGACAAAUGCAUAUACUGUGAAGUGCAGUGUAUAAUUUAUAAGAAAGGAAACUCAACGCAUCGUUUACCACUGCAACAGUUGUGCCUGAUUGUUUGUCACAGCCUCGCCGAAACACCGUCUUCCCUACCUCGUUAACGAACAACGACAAGAUCCCGUGGAUCGUCCAGCCACAUCGAAGCCAGAGAAGAAAAGACUGCCCAAUUUAGAAUCUCCAGUUAAACGAUAAACGACGAAAAGGAUUUUAAUUUUACACGAAAUAAAAGAAGAGAAGAAUUUUAUUGAGCAAGAUGCACGGAAUAAGCCACCUACUGUCUCACCAUAACUCCCACAAUGGCGACACGAGGACAGUCCAUCACCAUCAUCACCAGGACAAGAGCUCCUCCGCGUCUGACACGAGACACCACGACACGAAGAUUCUGCAGGAGCUGUUAAAUCAUAAACACAUCCAAAAACAAAUUUCCAGAGGUUCAGUGAGCUCGACCUAUUCUUACGGUUCUUCAACGUCCUAUGGCUCGUCUCACGGGUCCAACUCUUCCAAUCACAGCUCGUCUCAUCAUCACGGCAUUCACCAUCACUCGGUGUAUCACACCAUCCACGGUAGCAGCCACCAUCACCAGUCUAUCCACCACCAUCAUCCCCUUCAUCACGUUCAUCAGCUGCACCCACCGCACCCACAGCACCACCAGACGAGCAGCGGAAGAGCCUCACCUACGUCGCCAAGUCCGACUGGAGAUCACGAGAAGCCUCAUCAUCAUCAUCAUUACAGUAUUCAGGAGAUGAUACGACACUUCGGGAGAAGACUGGGGCACAUCAGGCGACAAAGCGAGUGCCAGGACCCGCCUAGGAAGAAGGAGGAGGAUUUUCGGAAUAGGAGCCAGAGUCUGGAUGGCGGCGCGAGGUAUCCUACUCUGAGGGAGGCUGAUUGCGAGACCACUUACAGAAUCUACGAAAGCAUUCUCAGGCAAGGCGCACUCAGAAGGAGCUCAUUGGAUCCUGGUGCCAGAAGAUUCUCUUUGGGUACACCUGCGAUCCCUCAUAGAGCGUCAGAUGCAUGUCUGGACCCUGUGCAUGCCGCGAUCCUCUUCAGGGACGCCAGAGGACUGCCGGUUGUAGAUCCCUUCUUGGAGAAAGUUUCGCUCUCUGAUCUCGAGGAGGACGAAUCACAGAUUUUCGUGAAGUUCUUCAAAUUUCACAAAUGUUAUGACCUAAUACCGACCAGCGCCAAAUUGGUCGUUUUCGAUACGCACCUCCUCGUUAAGAAGGCCUUCUUUGCUCUUGUUUACAAUGGUGUGAGAGCUGCACCAUUAUGGGACAGUGCGAGGCAAGAAUUUGUUGGAAUGCUAACUAUAACAGAUUUUAUAAAAAUCCUACAGAUGUAUUAUACCAGCCCAUCUGUAACAAUGGAUGAAUUAGAAGAACAUGAAUUAGAUACAUGGAGAAAAGUUUUGAAAGAUCAAGUUCAUCCAUUAGUAAGCAUUGGCCCAGAUGCAUCUUUAUAUGAGGCCAUUAAAACUCUAAUUCAAAAUAGAAUUCAUCGUUUGCCUGUGAUAGACCCAGAUACUGGAAAUGUUCUCUAUAUCUUGACACACAAACGAAUUCUUAGGUUCCUCUUCCUUUAUAUACAUGAGCUACCAAAACCAUCUUUCACUAGUAAAACAUUGAGGGAAUUAAGGAUAGGUACAUUUGAAAAUAUAGAAACAGCAACAGAAGAAACUAGCAUAAUUUUAGCAUUAAAGAAAUUUGUUGAAAGGAGAGUUUCUGCAUUACCAAUUAUUGAUACAGAAGGAAAGUUGGUUAACAUUUAUUCAAAGUUUGAUGUUAUUAACUUAGCUGCAGAAAAAACAUAUAAUAAUUUAGAUGUUUCAUUAAGAGAAGCAAAUGAGCACCGCAAUGAAUGGUUUGAAGGAGUUCAAAGUUGUAAAUUAGAUGAAACCCUAUUUACUAUUAUGGAGAAAAUUGUUAGGGCAGAGGUCCAUAGGUUAGUAGUGGUUGAUGAUGAUGAUAAAGUGAUCGGUAUAAUUUCUCUAUCCGACUUACUCUUCUACCUCGUUCUUAGGCCUUGUGGUGAAGAUGGCAGUAGCAAUAAAGAUAGUUCUAUAUCGUUAAGAGCACAGGAUUCUUUGUCAAAGGCGCCGAGUUCUGUGCAGUCGGAGGCUUCAAUUCCUGAUGGCGAUGCAGAAGCUGAACAAGAUACAGCUGAAGUAAACCAGUCUGAAGAAGCACCCGCAACACCUAGUCCACCGCUAAGUCCUGCAGCAUCAGAUAUUUCUGAACCUCAGUCAACUUUAGUAAAUCAAUCUCAAGAAUCUGCAUGGAGAGAAGUGACCGUAUCAGGAGGAGAUUGAGGCAAUAUUAUCUUAAUAUGCUAUUAAGCAUGACAUUGUGAAUCAAUUUACGACUUUAAAGUCGAACUUUAUUAUAGUGUAACAAGCAGUGUACGAGUAAACUUGUUUCUUGUAUGUUCUUAAGAUUUCUCGUGUCUAAUGCUUAAGAACUUACGAAAAACAUGGGAAACAUUGUUAUUUGCUCGUUCAAUCAAUUCACGUCACAAAAAUAGCUGUUAUCUAAAAUAAUAAAAUCACGCAAAAUGGUGAAAAUAACGAAAUGAAUUUUACUGGACGCGACAAACGAUAAUGCGAUGCUCCAUACUGUAUAAAAGUUAAUUAAGCUUAAUUUUUUAUGGUACAAAUGCUACUCAGCAUAGACGUUCGAGCUUCUUGCCAGGAACGAUUGCUACGCCAUUAUCUACUCAGGGUAUGAUAUUCUCUACACCCUUUCUUCAAUCGUACACUGGGAAUGUUUCAAUAGAAUUUUCGAGGAAACAAAUAGUGGUUUCUUGCAUCCUUUAGAUUUAUAAUGUUGCUAUGCUCCUUCUUAUACUGAAAUCUUUGUAUUUUAUUUCAGAUCAAAGAUUAUUAAGUAAUUUACUUUAUUUACAUCAAAUAGUUUAGAAAAAUGUCCAGAAGACAUGAAACAGAGUAGUCGUCUAUCAAAGAGUGCUCCAUAAUUAAUAAAUAUGGACCUCGUUUUUACAGAGGCCUUCCACGCUUUUUCCUGACCGGAACGAAAUAUUACAGUGUUAAGAAAAUGUCUAAAUAUGUAUAUCCUGUAUGCUUAUCUAUAAAAAAAAAGUAGCUUCUUAUUCGUGAACUAUCACGUUAGAUGUCUGAAUACUAGAAACUGAUGUGCAUAAUAAACGAUUUUGUUUUAAACGAUUGCACAGCAUGUGAUAUUUUGCAAAAAAACAAAAAAAGAAAAAACAUGGUGCUUUUGAUUUUGCAUUAACAGCUGACUUUGAUAGAGCAAUGAAAUGAAAAUAGUGUGCAUACAAUGAGUAACAAACAAUAAAAUAUGAAUAGUAGAUAAGAUGUUCGAAAUUGUAUUGUCAUGUAACUUCUAUAUAAGCUUCACAAAGAUAUUUCAGUACAGGAAAGCAAUACUUAUAUAAAUUCAAAUUACAAUCUGUUGUUGAAUUUAUAUGUUAUUAUUUCAUGUACCUUUAAA